AUGCCUCCUAAAAAUAAAUUGAAAAAACAGGACUGGUUUGAGUGCUCAAAAUGUCACCAUGUCAUUCCUGAUCGUGACCUAGAAAGCCAUUCAGAAGCUUGCCAAAAGUCGGAUGAGAAGUGUUGUUUUAUUUUUGAAGAAACGUUAAAUGGAGUAAUCUCCCUUCAUUCUGAAAAAGAUGUAGCUGUUCCAAGAUGCAAUAAGGACAAAAUCAUUUGUAUCCAUCCAAGUGCAAUGCAGCUUUGUGGUCUAGCAAUAGGUAAACCCUGUAUUGUGAAUGAUUGCAUGGUGUUGACAGCCUGGCCAUCUAAGUCUGGCCCAGUGUCUGCUGUAACAGUUAGCAGUCAGUUGUUGGAGAGAUUGGAAUGUAAAAAAGGUGAUAUUGUUUCAGUAAAGAGAUUGUGGUCCGAUUGUCAGGAAGCCUUAGAAGUUCACCUUUCAACUAAUGAGUGGAAAGAGUUUUUUGGACAAACUGAAUUCUGUAACUUCAACAAGCUUAAACUAGAGGGUGAAUUCUUGAAGACUGGAAGUAAAAUAGAGAUUCAUUAUUUUGGUCAAAUCUGUUCGUUUACAGUGGACAAAGUGACAGCAUGUUUACAGAAAAAACAGCUAACAGAACUUGUAAAAAAUACCUCAUCUCAAACAGACUUGUCAGACAGUCUAGCCUCUUUAGAUUUAUCUGACAUUUCAUUGGAUAGUGAAUCUGUGAUGAACCAAUCAGCAAGUUCCCUACAAAGUGAUGCAGAUUCUUGUGAUUCACCAAUGAAAACACCUAAAAAGAAAAUAGAUUGGAGUCAAUUCCACACUCCUGUGCCAAGAUUACAUAAACCUUCUAAAUCAGAAUUUCUGAAAAUAUCAAAAGGAACGAAAAUAAUAAUUUGCAAUCCAAACAAUCAGAGAAAGCAAAAUGGACAACAAAAGAAAUUAAGGUUAUCGGAUAUAGGUGGUCUUGAUAAACAAAUAGGUUCUAUUAAAGAAAUGCUAGAAUUACCACUGAAACAACCAGACCUACUGAAAUCUUAUGGCCUAUCUGCCCCUCAUGGUGUAUUGUUAUUUGGUCCAUCUGGGACAGGAAAAACUCUGCUAUCACAAGCUAUAGUUAAUGAAAUAGAUAUCAACACAAUACAUGUUACAGGACCACAAGUUUGGAGCAAAUAUUUUGGUGAAACUGAGGCCAAACUGAGAAAUAUUUUCCAGAAAGCAAAAGAAAAUUCUCCUAGUUUGAUAGUAAUAGAUGAAUUAGAUGCUUUAUGUCCAAAACGUGAAUCUAGUCAAUCAGAAUUAGAAAAGAGAGUUGUAGCUUCAUUACUUACUUUGAUAGACAGUAUUAGUUCUUCUGAAGAUAAUAGUUAUGUUAUAGUUAUAGGUAUAACUAGUAAACUAGAUUCUAUAGACACAUCACUUCGUCGACCUGGUAGAUUUGAUCGUGAAAUAGAGAUUGGCGUACCUAAUGCUAUAGACAGACUGGAUAUAAUAAAGAAAAUGUUAUGUAAUGUACCACAUAGUUUACUAGCAGAAGAUAUCACUAACUUAGCUAACACUACUCAUGGUUUUGUUGGGGCUGAUUUAUCAGCUGUUUUUAAAGAAGCUGGCAUGAUAUGUAUAAAAGAGAAGAAACAGCAAUGUAAAGAUAUGAGAAUUAAUCUACACCAUAUACAGAAAGCUUUAACCUUGGUCAAACCCAGUGCAAUGAGAGAAAUACAGUUAGAGGUGCCAAAGGUAUAUUGGUCAGAUGUGGGAGGACAGGACGACUUAAAAUUGAAAUUAAAACAGGCAAUAGAGUGGCCAUUGCAACAUCCUGAAGCCUUUCUACGCUUGGGAGUUCAACCACCACGAGGCUUAUUAAUGUAUGGACCUCCUGGAUGUUCAAAAACAUUGAUAGCCAAGGCAUUAGCUACUGAAAGUGGUUUGAAUUUUAUUGCUGUAAAGGGUCCAGAAUUAUUCAGUAAGUGGGUAGGUGAAUCAGAACGAGCUGUACGAGAAGUCUUUCGUAAAGCCAGGUCGGCAGCACCCUCUAUUAUAUUCUUUGAUGAAAUUGAUGCUCUAGCUGUGGAGAGAGGAAGUUCAGGAGGGAGUAGUAAUGUAGCUGACAGAGUAUUAGCUCAGUUAUUAACAGAAAUAGAUGGUGUAGAGAAUUUAAAAGAUGUAACUAUAGUAGCUGCUACCAAUAGACCAGAUAUGAUAGACAAGGCCUUACUACGACCUGGUAGAAUAGACAGAAUCUUGUAUGUUCCAUUACCUCCACCUGAAACAAGACAAGCUAUAUUCCGUAUCAAAUUUAAAACCAUGCCAGUAUCAGAAGAUGUUAAUAUCCAGUCUCUUAUUGAUCAAACACAAUAUUACUCAGGAGCCGAGGUGACAGCAGUAUGUCAUGAGGCAGCACUAGCAGCUUUACAAGAAGACAUCACUGGAAAAUUUAUAACACUGAAACAUUUUCAACAAGCCUUGAAGUCUGUUACGCCUAGAACCAGUCAACAAUCAAUACAGUUUUAUGAAGAUUAUCAUAAACAGAGUGGUCUACAUUCUAUAUGAAAUAAAUAUUUUAUUGU